AUGACAACAUCGACACCAACAACGACACCAACAACAACACCAACAACGACACCAACAACGACACCAACGACACCGACAACAACGACACCAACGACACCAACAACAACACCAACAACUACACCAACAACGACACCAACGACACCGACAACAACGACACCGACAACAACGACACCGACAACAACGACACCAACGACACCAACAACAACACCAACAACGACAACAACGACACCAACAACAACAACAACGACACCAACGACAACAACGAAAACACCAACAACGACAAUAGCAUCACAAACAACAACGACAACAGCAGUAGCAACAACUGCAGAAACAUCAAAAUCUGAGUCGAUAACGACGGGAACAGCAGACGCCACGACGGUUACAUCAACAGCAUCAAAUGAAACAACAAACGCUACAAUAGAAUCAGUAUCAACAACAACAUCUGCGACGAUACCAACGUCAACAACAAUAGAAUCGUCAGUCUCAACCUCAUCUACAACAGGAACUAACGUAACAUCAACUGACAAGCUUACAACAGACAAGCUUACAACAGACGCACCAAUUACUGCCGCAUCUACAACAGACGCAACGACGGCUACAGCUCAUACAACUGAAGGCUCAACAAUUGACGCAUCAACGUCUGUCGAAUCAACUACUGCCGCAUCGACAACUGCAGCACCAACAACCACCACGGCACCAGAGGAAUUCCCAGACAAACCAGUAAAUAAAGAGGCGUACUUCGAGUUGACAAUCGACUUCAGCUAUGGUGCUAAUUUGAAUGAAACAACUGUUGAAUCAAAGCUCACCGAAGCGUUUCAGAAUACUCCAGGAUUUCGUAAAGUGAUUGUAAAUACAAAAACAAACAGAGUACGAAGAGACACAUCUCCCACAGCCAGUUUUACAGCAUCGUUUGAUGCAGACGCCAUCUUACACAACACCGACUUUGCCACAGCAAUAAACGGCAGUAUCAAUUCUCUGAGAGACGAGUUAGAUUUUGAAGAAACCGUUUACGACAAACUAAGCGAAUUUUUUGUGAAGAGAAAAGAUAUAUGUGCUGCUUCAUAUGUCUGUCCGACGGCGUACGAAUGUGUUUCUGGAGGACUUUGUCAAUAUCGCUGUAAGAACAAAUGUUCGGGCACCGAGACAUGCUCCGUUGUAGUCAAUGCCACAGGCUCGUUCACACAAUGCAGCUCGACUGACACUGCAGUUACCAUGGCAACACAUACAUCCAACGACGACCUGGUAAUACAGGUAGCGGUACCUUUAGCCGUAGUGUUGUUCCUCGUCCUUCUCGCGCUUAUAUACGCAUGUCACAAACUACACAGACAAAAUGACUGCUUUACAGCACAUCGCUUUCCACUGUUUCCUUACUUGUGGAUCGCGCGUGACGAACAAGACAAAAAUGAAAAAUCCCUGGAAGGCGUUACAGAUGGUGAAAAUGUAUUGAAAUGGGAUACGGGCAUCAUCUAUGGCCAUAUAUCCAAAAAUCCACGUAAUACCUGA